GAGCUCUUUUGCGCACAUGAAUCCCAUCUAAAAAUACAUUUUACUCUAUUUUCAGGUGAAAUCAGGAUCAUUAUUCGACAAUGUUUUGAUCUGCGAUGACCCAGACUAUGCCAAGAAGUUGGCAGAUGAAACAUGGGGCAAGCUCAAGGAUGCGGAGAAAGCAGCUUUCGAUGAGAUUGAGAAGAAGAAAGAGGAAGAGGAAUCCAAGGACGCUCCUGCGGAAACUGAUGCUGAAGAUGAAGCAGAGGAAGAUGAGGGAGAUGAAUCUGAUACUGAAGCUAAGACCGAAGCCAAAUCAGAAGUUAGCGAGGAGACCUCGGAGAAAGACGCCACUGCUCAUGAUGAGCUAUGAUGGUAAGGAGGUUGAAGAUUCAAGACCAAAGUUUUCAAGUCUCUGUUUCAUGUUUUAAUCCUUGCUUUUGAAGUAUUUUUAGCAGUCUAGUUUUAGCAUAUGAUACGACGAUCAUAGGCUCUUUUUGUACUGAAAACACCAUAUGAUGACAUUUUGCAGUAACAUCUCUUUCCCUACU